AUGACCACCUCAGAGCUUGUUUUCAUCCCAUCUCCGGGAGCUGGCCACCUCCCGCCGACGGUGGAGCUCGCUAAAAUCCUCCUCGACCGUGAUCAACGGCUUUCCAUCACCAUCAUAGUCAUGAAGAUAUCCCUCGGAGCAAAACACGACACUGAAUCUCCGACACCCAUUCCCCGUUUACAGUAUAUCGACAUCCCAUGCGAUGAAUCCACCAUGGCUCUCAUCAGUCCCAAGACCUUCCUCUCAGCCUUUAUCGAACACCACAAACCUCAUGUUCGAAACAUCAUCCGCAGCAUAAUUGAGUCCAACUCGGUUCGUCUUGCUGGACUCGUUCUCGACAUGUUCUGUGCACCCAUGACAGAAGUUGCAAACGAGUUUGAAGCUCCAACUUACAUCUACUACACAUCUGGUGCUUCCAUGCUUGGCUUACAGUUGACCCUCCAAGCCAAGCGCGACGAGGAAGAGCAUGACGUCACUGAGUUAAAAGGAUCGGAAUCCGAGCUGUCCAUCCCGACUUUCGUCAACUCAGUUCCGGCGAAAGUGUUACUGGAUGUAGUGUUAGAUAAGGAAGGUGGGUCCAAAAUGUUUCUUGAUCUCGCGAAAACGUUUCGUGAUUCAAAGGGUAUAUUGGUAAAUACGUUUCAAGAGCUCGAGGGCCAUGGAGUUGACUAUCUUUUAAGCAGCAACGCCGAUAUACCACCUGUUUUUCCGGUGGGGCCUAUACUGAACCUCAAGAACGCGACAAAUGAUGGUAAAACGGAUGAGAUUAUGACGUGGCUAAACGAUCAGCCAGAGAGUUCAGUGGUGUUCCUGUGCUUCGGAAGUAUGGGGAGCUUCAGUGAGAAACAAGUUAAGGAGAUCGCGGUUGCCGUUGAACGGAGCGGACAGAGGUUUUUAUGGUCUCUCCGCCGUCCACCGCCCAAGGGAAAGAUAGAGUAUCCAAAGGAUUACGAAAACCCAGAGGAGGUGCUCCCUGAGGGUUUCCUUGAUCGGACUUCGAGUGUAGGGAAGGUGAUCGGGUGGGCUCCACAGACGGCGGUGCUGUCGCAUCCUUCAGUGGGAGGGUUCGUUUCACACUGUGGGUGGAACUCGACAUUGGAGAGCAUAUGGUGUGGGGUUCCGGUAGCUGCUUGGCCACUCUACGCCGAACAACAGCUAAAUGCUUUUCAGUUGGUGGUAGAGCUGGGAUUAGCGGCGGAGAUCAGGAUUGAUUACCGGCGCAAUGUGGGACCAGAUGAAACGGAGAUGAUUGUGACGGCGGAGGAGAUUGAGGGUGGGAUAAGGAAGUUGAUGAGUGAUGGUGAGAUGAGGAAGAAGGUGAAAGAGAUGAAAGAGAAGAGCAGGAUAGCAGUCGCUGAGGGUGGAUCAUCUCACGCAGCCAUUGGACGUUUCAUUGAGCAUGUUAUUAGCGAGUAA